AUGGAACCAGUAUCAGCAUCGCAUGAUAAUAAUCUCGAGACAUUUUAUCAGAUUUGGCUUUGUGACCCAGUCAAUAACUCACAAAAGUUUCGUGAUGCUCAACAACAAGUUCGAUCAUCGAUCAAUUAUAUUAAGACAUUUGAGCAUGUUACUGAAUGCGAACAAUAUAUUCGAUCUCUUUCCGACGUCGAUAGAAUCGUUUUUAUUGUCGAUGACCUUUUAGGUCAACAAAUAAUACCUCGUAUUUGUCAAUACAGGCAAGUACUCGCCAUAUAUGUUUACGGAACAGAAAAACAAACCAAUGAAACAUCGUUCAAACAAUUUAUGAAGUUUCGAGGUAUGCGCACAAAGUUGAACGAACUUGCAAAUCUUAUUCAAUUGGAUUGUAAAAAACGAUCACGCUAUGAAUGCGAUGAAUCAUUGUCGAUUAAUAUAUUUAGCUCCAAUAUUGAUCAAGAAGUAUCAACAGUCGAAUUAAGUGGACAAUUUAUUCAUUCACAAUUAUUGAUUGAUUGUCUUCUAAGAAUGAAGUCAACUGAAACAGAAAUUGAAGAUUUCGUAAAUUUCUGUAAAAGUCGAAAAGAGUAUCAGGGCAAUGAAGAACAUUUAAGACGUGUCCAACAAUUUCAAAAUGAGUAUUCCAGUGAGAAAUCAUUAUUGUGGUAUACAAAAAAUUCGUUUGUUUAUCGCAUGUUGAACAAAGCACUUCGUAUACAGAAUGUUGAUGUACUUUUUCUUUUUCGUUUUCUCAUUCGUGACCUCGCACAACAAUUAAAAAAGCACCAAUGUUCAUCUUCAGAAUCUGUUUAUCGAGGGCAAUCGAUGGGAAAAACUGAAAUAGAUAAACUUCAUGAAUCAAUUGGAAAAAUGAUUUCGAUAAAUUCAUUUUUGUCGACGACUCGAGAUCGUGAGGUCGCUAAAAUGUUUGCUGACAAGUCGAUCGAUCUCGAGGCUGUCCUUUUUGAAAUUAAUAUCAAUUCUUUACUCGAUGGUAUCAAACCAUUUGCCGACGUAUCAUCAUUCAGCGAUUUUCCUCAAGAAAAAGAAAUUUUGUUCAUGUUGGGAUCAAUUUUUCGGAUUGAUAAUGUUUAUCAAGAUGAAAAUGGAAUGUGGAUAAUUCAAUUGAAUUUAUGCAGUGAUCAUGACCGAGAUUUGAAACCGAUCUUUAAUCAUUUGUUAGAUGAAUCUGGUAAUUGUGAAUCGAUUCUACUCGCGUUUGGUAAUAUACUUCAAGAUAUGGGUAAAUUUGACGAGGCCAAAACUUACUAUGAUCAUUGUCUCAAACAAUUGCCGUCUGAUGAUCAUCCAUGGAGUGCUUACUGUUAUUACUUACUUGGUUUGAUAGCCACGGAGAAAGGUAAUAAUGACGUCGCUCUAGAUUUGCUUAAUAAAUCUCUAAAGAUUCGAAAAAGAUUAUUACCAUUAUCUGAUCCAAGUAUCGCUGAUACGCUCACUGGUAUUGCUCGCGUUUAUUAUAACCAGAAUCAAUGUAAGCAAGCACUAGACUUGUAUACCGAAGCAUUACUUAUAUUUCAACAAGCAUUUGGCAAGGAUCAUUUGACCAGCGCCAUGGGUUAUACUAACAUGGGUGUCGUUACUACAGCAAUGAAAAAAUAUUCUGAGGCGCUUGAUUAUCAUAAGAAGGCAUUGGCUAUUCGAAAGAAGCAUCUUCCACCGGAUCAUUUUCGCUUUGGCACAUCGCUUAAACGUUGA